GCGAUAUGCAAAUGAGCGCGCGUCGUGUACCGGAAACAGUUUCGCGCGCGCUCGCGCCGCCGUCGCGACAGCCCGUUGCCCUUCGUUGCUGGGCAACGGUUGUUGCUAGGCGAUGUCGUUUUCUUAAUGGACCGUCGUUUUUGCCCCGUAUGUUGCUAAGGUUCCUUUGAUGCCGCAGAUUGUUGAUCGCGCGACUGUCGUUUGUUCUCCGACGGUGUUACACGUUUGCGUUAACGCCUCGGGACAUUGUGAAAGGCGCCUAAUAAAUGUUUUUUGUUUUGUUUUAUUGUUACACGGGGAUGGUUGUUGAUGGAACUUCGUUGCUAGGCACCGCUGUUGCUGUACGUGUUGUUACUUAUUGAGGGCCGGCCGUUGUGAAAAAUGCUGAGUUAGGUAACUUCUACGCUUGCCCGAAGCAGUUACUAUGGUUACCCGUUGCUAGGUUACGACGGUGCGUUGCUGCGGUGAUGCGUCGCUAAGGCAUGUGCGCUGCUCGAGGGGUGGGCAUGGCGAGACGCGACUCCCAUUGGUCGGCGCGCAGGGCGCGAGGCAUUUGAACGCGACGCUUCCGCUUCCGGUGUGAGCGACUGCGAGAUACCGACUCCCCGUAACUACACCAACAACAACUAACAACAGCAAGGUCUGUAACGAUAAUAAUAACAACAAUAACAGCUACAACUACAAUCGUUACUAAAGCUACUACUAUUACAACUACUAAUAACAGCCAAAAAACGCAAUACCAGCAAACGGCGUCGAGCUGCGACUGUCGCAUUCUUCACUCGGACAGCGCGAACCAACGACAGCUGUGACCACCACCACAACAACAGCAGCAGGAGCAGCAGCAGGAGCUCCAGCGACGGGCAGGAGGCGCGCCGCGUUGUCAUGAACGCCUCCCCGCUGGCGGUGGCGGAGCGUGGCCGGCAGAGACUCCGAGCCGAUGCCUGCACUGGAGGAGAGGAGGUGGAGGAGGAGUGGGAGGAGGUGAACCGGUUACUGCGAGGACAGGGACUGGGUACCGUGCGUGUGCGGGGCUCCCGGCGACACGGCAACGGUGCUGGGGAUGACGUUGUGCUGGAUGCGUGUGAGCUGCGGCGCACGCUGCAGACGCUGCUUCGUGAUGCCGAGCGCCGGCAACACCUGAUCCAGGACUUGGUCCUCACCAACAACCGCCUCACUGCAGACCUGCGUGCACAGCAGGCGCGGGUGCAGAGUGCGGAGGAGCGGCUGCGGAAGCUCGAGCGAGCACAGGAGAGAGGUGGAAGCGGUAAACUGGGCAGCUCACAGGGGCCGCCGAUGAAGGAGCACACACAAAACCGGCGCCCGCGGGUCCUGGAGGGGGGGAGCAACCCUCGGGGGGGCAGCGCCUCCCCGCACGAGAGGAAGGGCACCGCCGUGACUCCCGGCGCCGCACGGAGACGGAAUGAGGGAGAAGGGGAGCAUCCAGCAGGGAACGGCUGGGAAGACGACGCCCUGAUAGGAGCGCAGGGCCCUGCGUGGGGAGCGUCGCGUGCGGUGCUGGCGGGGCUGGUGAGCGCCGUGCAGCGGCUCUUUGAAGUUCGCUCCCUGGGUGGGGUGUACCCGCACCUGCACACCAUGUACAUGCGCCUUGGCGAGAUGAACAACGCCGUGCGCACGCUCAAGCAGCUGCUGUCCCUCGACGAGGCGGCGCCUGUAGCAGCGGUGGUGGAUGCUGUCGGCCGGCUGUGCGUCAUGCCGGGCAAGCUGACGUGCAGCCAGCGGUCUUCUCAGACCUCACCGGGGAGUGACUGUACAAGAUCCUGGCUUGAACUGUACGAGGAAUUCUUCCCAGCUUUCCAGCAGUUGGUGGAACAGCUCAAAGAUACUCUGGGGAUCGACAGCCUGGAUGCCAUUUUGCCGACCGUUCAACGGUUAAAGGCGGAGUCGAGGGGCCGGCCUUCACGGUGACCACCACAGCCAGCGGCACAGCGCGGUGACCCAACAGCGUGAUCUGAUGACCCAACAUCCCGACGUGGUGACCCAGUCGUCGCAUGACCCAAUAGCUCAGAAACCUCACACCCGGUGACUAAGGAGCAUGAUCGAGUGACUCAGCAGUAUUAUCCAACGGCCUGGCAACCUCACCCGGCGACCCAGCAGCAUGGCUUGGCGACCCAGGAUAAAUGACCGAAUGACCCAGAAACCUGGCCUAGUGACCCAGAAACCGGUUACUAUCAAGCAGGAUGAAGCACCACUUCAUGAGCCAUUGCUGGCUCCUCAUAUCCCUGUAAGUCCCUGAGCACCGAUAAGCGAGCAGGCGGU